UACGUGCACGUCAUGCGUCGAGGAUGUGAGUGGCUAGAGUUGCCGUCCGAUUGCUUUGAAGACAAUCCACUUAGCCCCAAGACGUAAUGUAAUCGACUGAAAGGUGCCAGAAAUUUUUGGGCAAGAAUCCGUUCAAUCUCGUUUCUGCUUCGAGUCGUUUGGGUGCACGUUGAAACUUCGAGGCCUGCUAAGGUUAGCCUAGUCUAGUUUAGCAGCUAACAAAGAGAAACAACGCGCCUGGGAUCAACACGUCGCCGAGCAAGCAAACGUCAAGUCCCAAAAUGUCAGGUUUCAGAAAAUACCUUAGUGCUGAGUGGCAGCAGCCAGAAUCUCCUGGCGUGAAAGAGGAUGUUGAGCUUCCCCAAAUCAAAGAGGAGGAGCCCAAGCCCUUUCAACAGAAGCAACUUCCAAUCAAAAAGGAAGAGGAAGAGGAGCUGCCAUGCGUUAAAGAGGAGGAAAAGGAGGAGCAUAUCACCAGGUCGACUGGUGAGCUCUUGAAGAAUGAAGAUGGUCCGAGUGAGGCCGGCACAGGGGCCGAGCCUCCAAACGGCAGCAGCAGCAACUCAACAGAAGGAUUGCAAGCAGACAUUUUCAUGGCUCCGUCAGACAAAAAUGGCACCAGGUCACACUCACCUUACAAUGAUGAUGGCCAUAAGACAUCUCCUGGUGACGACAAACUCUGCAAAUGCUCUCAGUGUGGGAAAACCUUUGCUAAUAAGUAUACUUGUCGGACGCAUAUGAGGAGCCACACUGGUGAAAAGCCUUUUUCCUGCUCAGUUUGUGGUCAAAGAUUCAGUUGCAAGAGCACCUUGAAACAACACACAAGAACCCACACUGGCGAAAAACCUUUUUCCUGCUCAGUUUGUGGUCAAAGAUUCAGUUGCAAGAGCAACUUACAACGUCACACAAGUGCACACACUGGCGGAAAACCUUUUUCUUGCUCAGUUUGUGGUCAAGGAUUCACUCGAAAGACAGGCUUAGAUAUGCACGAAAUAACCCACACUGGAGAAAAACCUUUUUUCUGCUCAGAUUGUGGUCAAGGAUUCAGUUACAAGAGCACCUUGAAACAACACACAAGAACCCACACUGGCGAAAAGCCUUUUUCCUGCUCAGUUUGUGGUCAAGGAUUUGCUGAAAAAGGAACCUUAAAAAUACACAAAAGAAGCCACACUGGCGAAAAACCUUUUUCCUGCUCAGUUUGUGGUCAAAGAUUCAGUUGCAAUAGCACCUUGAAACAACACACAAGAACCCACACUGGCGAAAAACCUUUUUCCUGCUCAGUUUGUGGUCAAAGAUUCACUCAAAAGGAAAACUUAAAAAGACACACAAGAAGCCACACUGGUGAAAACCCUUUUUCUUGCUCUGUUUGUGGUAAAGGUUUCAGUCACAUGUACAACUUAGAAAUGCACACAAGAACCCACACUGGCGAAAAACCUUUUGCCUGCUCAGUUUGUGGUAAAAAAUUCAGUCAAAAGAGCAACUUAAAACGACACACAAUAACCCACACUGGCGAAAACCCUUUUUCCUGCUCAGUUUGUGAUCAAAGAUUCGCUCAGAGGCAUCACUUAAAACACCACACAAGAGGAUCCAAGAUGGUGGCGUAAGAGAUGGUUGACUCUCUCUGAGCUCCGCACCACCGCAUUGAUUUUUCAUACAAAACUCCACCCAACAAUUUUCAAUUUGCACGUUUCAUCAUGAAUAUUGAUGAAUAGUUUUCGAGAUCCCGAGACAAGAUACUGCCAAGAGAGGAUCGUAACCCAGCCAAGACGAGCGAGCCAGAAGCUUCUGGUAGAGGAAGCGCAACAACAGGUUCAACCGGACACCGGGGUUGUCCUCGAUGCCUCCUUUCGUCAAAUUAUUUAGGAAAUAACGGCGAACAUCACUAAGGUGAUUGAUGAAAAGCUUGGGCCGCUAUCUCAAAUGGUACUGGCGCACGCCAAGCGAUCAAAAAAGAUGGAGGAGCGUACCGCCAAGGCCGAAAACAGGAUUGCUGUGGCCGAACAUACCUGCGAGGACGUGAAUACCUGGGUGCGCGAGCUUGAGAAGCAGAUAAAAAGCAUGGCUGAGCAUAUCGACGACCUCGAAAAUAGAGGCAGGAGUAAAAAAGUCCGCAUUAUUCGACUAUCAGAAGACACACAGAGGGGAGCAACUCUACAAAUUUUUUUGAGGGGUGGAUUCCCAACGUGCUUGAAAUGGAAACGAAAGACGGCUGCGUUAAAAUUGAGAGGGCUCACUGUACACUAGCGCCGAAGCCGGGACCGAACCAGCAACCGCGACCCGUCCCGAUCCGAUUUCACAACUUCGCCGACAAACAGCGGGUGUUGGAUGCCGCGUGACUGUGAAGCACUGGGAAUUCUCCAUCAUGUUCUUGCAGGAUUUGUUGGCGGCGGUGCUUCGUAAACGGAAGGCUUUUGAUGAUGUGAAGAGGCAACUACGAGAGUUGGGCGCCAAAUACAUGACGCUAUACCCGGCUGCACUGAAAGUAAUCCACGGUGGGGAGGCUGAAAGCUUCGACUCCCCCCCCCUAAGCCAGUGACUUAUGUGGACACACUCAAGUAAACUUCAUGUGAGUCACCAAACGAUCCGUUUAUGUCUAUGGCGGGUUAACGAGCUUAAAAAAUAAGAAUAUGUUGUUUUACAUUACAUUUAUUUGUUGUGGGUUUCCAUAUUUAACUUUUGUGAAGACUGAUGUCUCAAAAAGUCUUUAUUGGGCAAUUUGAAGUGAUUUUUUUUUUGGUCCUAUGGCCAGACACGGCGCUUCCCAUACGCAUAACACUCACUGCGCGUAGGGCACCAACUCUGCCUGAAGGGGCACGAAAAAAAAAAUCAUGUUUGUAAAAAAAUCCUAAAAAAUAGUAAUUGUAAUAAUAACAACAAUAUAUAGUAUUUAAAAUAAAACUUUGUAAAGCCUGAUAAAUGCAAGUAAUACAAAUAUAAGUAACAUAGGCUCAUUAUUUACACAAAAAAAGAAUCUCCUGUGCGGCCCGCUCGUCAGUCUACCUUUGGUGCCCCCCCCAACUCCCUGGUGGUUUGCUCCAUUAUGCCUCAGUCGCAAAUUUGGCAGAAGUUUAUUCUUGAAAGGAAAUGUCAUUGAAAAGACAAGACUCGGGGGCGGAAAAAAGAGGAAAAAGCAGCGAGAUGAUGCCCGCGCAUCACUUGCAGGCAAGAAUGUUUUUUUUAAAUAAUUGUUUAUUUAUUAUCAGCUACGUUUACAUGACUACAAUAAUCUGAUAACUGGGAAUAACCAGGUAAUGACAAUAAUGAGAUUUGACGCAUUUACGUGCACUUCAGUGAUGUGAUAAUCAGGAAAAAACUGGUUUACAUGUUAAGUCAAUAGUUUGAUUUCUUUCCAAGUACAUGACGUAAAACUCUUGGUCUCAGCAUAGGCCUUCCUCCAUGUUUACCAAAAACCCACGCUUGCUUGAAGUUGUCCCACUGAACCUCUUCAAAUGCGAGUGUGGCGAUUGCGUUACACAAGCUCGCUAACUGCAGAGUAGGCCCACAGGCUGAAAGCGAAUCAGUUUGGCGUCCCUAAGGCCUCUCUAGCGACAUCCGUUAUUCCAUUUGUACACAUGCUCAGAGAUGUAAAAUAGCAGUGUUUAUCAGAUAAAGGAUAGCGGAUCAUGCUCUUUACAUGACCACUUGAAUAAUCUGGUAACUCCAGAAAUAGGGUUAUGAUCGAUUUAUUAGUGUGCACAACCAAAAAAAACCUCUCCAAAACGCUGUGGUGGAAAUGAUGUGACUUGCAAAUUCAUUGCACAAUGAAAAUUAAAUGGAAUGUUACUAUACAUACCGGUAGUGGUUUUAUGCAACGACUAUGUUGAUACAGAAAUUUUUCCAUUAGUAAGAAGCCGUAGUCAUUUUCGAGAGGUUCAGAGGCCAAGAGCGACAUCUACUGGUGAAACUAAUAAGAAAGAAAAACUUAAAGAAAAAAUCUUAAAGCUAUGUAGAUUUCCCCUUUCAUACUCAUUGUUUCCACAUUAUGUCCAGAAUGUUUAUAUAGUGCCCUAUCAGUCCAUGUCUAUAAAGGUAUAAUAUUAAAGUUUUCAUGUAUCUGUGUUUUAAAUAUGGGCCUGCAUAAUACUAUAAUUUAGAAAAUGUUUGUAACAUGGUUCAAAACAAUAUUUCACUGCACCACAAAGCAUUUAUGCCUAGGGCACCAAAAUAGCUAGCGCUGGCCCUGCCUAUGGCCCUGUUUAAGAACCUGCCCAAUGUUAUAUAAGGGUGGAUACUACCAUUUAGGUGGUACCAUUAGGGUUCAGAAAAGUUUUCCGAGUUAGAGUUGAGAAAUGGAGUUAAGGUAAUCCCCUGGUUAUCAAAAGGGGAAGUUCCCUCCGACAGUGCUGUCUGCACACUUGUUACGUAUUGGUGUUUUUUUGUCUUUUUUUGUUUUUCAGCUGGGUUAUAGUAUGGUGCAUGACCUACGUGGAGAGUGUAGUACAUUUGGAAGCCUGAAUACUCUGUUAAAAAUUUCAUGACCUGUAACACACUGAAGCUUUGCACCUGGAAUGUUAAGGGAAGCAAUUCUCCAUCAAAAGGAAAAAAAUAUAGUGUUUUUUACAGAAAUAAAAAGUUGAUAUUGCUAUGCUGCAAGAAACACACCUCAAUUAUGAGGAACAUUUAAAGCCCAACAAUGCGGUUUUGAUAAAGUCUAUUUUUCAUUAUUCACCUCCAAAAGCAGAGGGAUGGCAAUACUCAUCAGAAAAAAAUGACCACUUAAGGUAGCAAAAUGUGUUUAAGAUAAAUGUGGACGCUUUGUGUAGGUUUCAGCAUAUCUACACGGGGAGAAAUUAGCUUUCCUCAAUGUAUAUUGCCCACCAUGUCACCCACUUAAUUUUUUGACGGAGGCUUUUGCUCAAUUGGUGACAGAAAUUGGUGAUCUGACACAUUGCUCUUGGUCCUGUAUUAAAAUACAGAAAUAUUGGGAGUUAUAUCCUGUCUGAAAUACAGAACUUUUUAAUAACACAGCUUGAUAUGGACCCAGUUUCCCUUCUCUUGGGUCUAACAAAUGACCGUAUUAAUAAUAAAUGUCAGGAAAGACUUUAUAAUAUUUUGACUUUUUGUGCCCGGAAAAAUAUCCAUGCACUGGAUCAUGCCCACUCACUAUCAGGAUGGCACAGGAUAAUAAUGAAAUAUAUUCCACUGGACUUUCUGACUUGUCUUUUGCAUUUCAAAACAGAUGUUUUUGAACAAUCAUGGAAACCAUUCACUCACAACGUUUCUGCCAUUCUGAUGAGGGCAUUUGUGUGAUGAUGUACUUUCCCCCUUGUAUACCUUUCAUUGUGUUAUACUCCUUUUCAUAAUGUACCUGUUUACUAUUCCCAGCUAGCUGUUUUUGUUGUUGUAUGUUAUUGCCGGUUUGCCUUAUUUUGUUCUGUCUGAUCUUGUCUUUUUUUAUGGUUCCAUUUGAUGAAAAUCAAUUAAAAAAAAAAAAAACACCACACAAGAACUCACACUGACGAAAAAUCUUUUUCCUGCUCAGUUUGUGGUCAAAGUUUCGUUCGGGAGGAAGGGAUGAAGAGACACGAUUGUGUUGGUGUGAGAAGCAAAGGCCAAGGACUGUUUUGACUGUCAUCCAUGCUGGCUUCAUCAGAUUUUACACGCUGGACGACUGUAUUCCGUAGAAUCCUGUUGAGAAUUGGCGCUUUCGGUCCCUCGCUUUGUCCAGUUGUUGUAUGAUGUGCAUCCACCCUAUUGCCUAAGGGGCGGUUUACAUGGUGACUCUCCGAGAAUACGAAAAAUGUCAAAUUUGCAUUUGCAUUUGCGUCUCCAUUUGAACAAUGUCGUGAUUCCGCAUGAAAACGAAGUAGUAUUCAUGCCAGGCCCUAGGAGGCAGUGCAGAUUUACUGGGUGCCAGAGAAUGAUGCACUUUGACCCCACCAAGCUCCCUUAGCCCGGAAAAAAAUAUCCCCGCCCACUCGAAGCAAUGUCAUUUUUCUUUUGUUUAAAAAAGGGGAAAAAAUUAAACAUUCAACAUAUUCAAUUUAAAAAUAUUAUUAAAACAGAAAAUUAAAGCCGACAUUCCGCCAUAUUUGCUGUUUUUAAUGUUUAGUAGCACCGCUGUGCACGCCCAAUGUGACGUGUACGAGUGCUGACGUAGACAACGCGGUCUCGUGCCGCAGGAGCCUUUGAUAUACAUGCCGAGGAAGCCCCCCCCCCCCGCAAUCAGAUUCUUCCACUUUGGAGGCAGGAUUCAGAAUUUUUCGUAUUAACAUUCCGUCUUCGCCGACACCAUAUGCACGCGAGGCGAGUCCGCAACUCAGUCAUUGCAUCUUUGUGUCGCAGAGUCACCACGUAAACUGCCCCUAAACCUCAGCUGAUUGAACUCUCCAUUCCAGCACAUCAUUUAUCUGGAUGGGCGGAGCUGUGCAACACACCUGUGAUGCAUUAGAAGCGCUCAUUAUUUAAAGCGAAUGUCAGACUUUUGCUUACUUUUACUUUGUUUACUUUGUUUUUUGCCUUUUCUGGCCAUUGACGCCUUUCCCUUGGUUCUCUCGCCAACUCUGUUCGUGCCUCUUUUUGUUUGUAGUUUUUCUCACGUAUUCUGACUUUUUCCCCUGUUGUUUUGUCAUAAAUUCUGUGUUGGAUCCAUAUUAUACGGCUCGCCGUUUCAUUACAAAGUUAAGUGGCAUUAUUUAUAUCAUUCUCUCCCUUUCAAACUACACUUUUCACAUUUAAUAUUUGAAACAGCAGACCGCAAAUUCCAAAAAAUUCCAAAUUCAUUCAAAGUACUGUCAUCAAAUAAAUAUGGAAAAUUAGAAUAUGUUGUCACUUGUUUAUUUUUAUUCAUUAUUAAUACCUUGUUUUUAUUCA